CCUAAAAUAUACCCUAAUUUUUGUGCGCGCGUGUGAUAAUUGCUUUGUUCUUCCCAGGGGAAGCGAUGACCCCCCUCCCCGUUCUCGGCCGAGCUCAAACCUCCCUCUUCUCACCUCCGCAAAUCCCCAGAUCCCAUCCAAGUAAUCCCCUCUCCUCCCUCAAAAACCCCCAACUCCACAAAAAGCGAAGUCUUUUCGCACGUGUCUCUUCUUCGGCCGGAGAUCCCGUCGCCGCCCGACCAGCGGGACCCUCUCCUCCUCCUCCUGCUCCUCCUUCGUCUGGGCUCUACUCUGCCAAGCUGUACGAUCUCACCGCGGAGAACGUGAACCUGGUGCUCGACGACGUCAGGCCUUACCUCAUCGCUGACGGCGGGAACGUCGACGUCGUGUCCGUCGAGGAUGGAGUCGUCUCUCUCCAGCUCCGAGGAGCAUGUGGAAGCUGUCCCAGUUCAACCACAACCAUGAAAAUGGGAAUCGAGAAAGUGUUGAAGGAAAAAUUCGGGGAAGCAAUCAAAGAUAUCCGCCAAGUUUCUGAUGACCCACAAAAUGCACUCACUACAGUUGAGGCUGUGAAUGGGCAUUUGGACAUACUGAGACCUGCCAUUAAAAACUAUGGCGGAAGUGUUGACGUGGUUUCUAUAGAGGGCGGGGAUUGCCACGUCAGAUAUGUGGGGCCCGACUCGAUUGGGUCAGGAAUCAGAGCAGCCAUUAAGGAGAGGUUUCCAGAAAUUGUGAAUGUCGUAUUUACCAGCUAAACCGAGCUGGAGUGCUUUCAGUAGCUAUAGAUGGUUAUACCUUAUACAUACCUGAUACCUGUGAGAUUUUAUCUCUUGUCAAAAAUUAAGUAAAUUUUCAUAUUUUUUGCAUGUGAUGCUGAAAUCAUGGUUUGUGUUCAUAAUUUUUGCAGCAAAACUGAAACUUUGAUCUGUAUUGGCUCUUGAAUUGGUUUGUUAUUAGCUUGUGCUGGUUUGGUGGUUCUUUGAUA